AAAGAGAACCGGGCGCAUUAAAUUAGAGAUGUUGCUUUCGUACACUCAGCGUGGGGGCAACGUAAAUGCUCUCUUAUACACCCACUCAUUUCCUCUCUUUUCCACCUACAUACAAUUAUACUCUUUGAAUCUAUAGAAACUUUUGUGCCUCUUUGUGAGAAAUUAACGACCGGAUCAUGCUCUUUGGCUUUAUUUUGUGCAUAUUUGUAGUUUCUAAAUGGCUCUCACCCCAAUUUCUUUUGUGCACUCUUAUUACGCACGUACAUGCAUGGUUUUUUUUUUGGUAUUCGUUGGAUCCUGAUAAACAUUGUUUCAGAUCUAAACAUUGUGGGGCUUAUGAGUUAUGAUUGAUCCAAAGGCAAUCAAUCCUUUAGGUUUACGUGCCUGUAAUUGGGGAAUACUUAAAUAUUAUUUAUUAUUAUGUGAUGGGUCCCGUUUUUAUGUGCCCAAUUGUGGCUUCCAUGAUUGGCCACACAUUUAAUUACUAACAACUCCAGGACAUAAACAGGUAAAAAAAAGUAAUACUCAUAAUCUUUUCAAUAUGUGUGAUGUGCAUAUUCUUUUCGUAUUUUCUUUGAGAGACUUGGUUUCAUAUCAAUGUUUUAUAUUAGUAUAUUAUUGUUAUAUUAAUGAGCUUAUUUAAUUGUUAGCAUUUAGAGGGGGGACACGUCUUUUUUUCUUCACACCCUCUGAUCUUUGAACAAGGGUUACAACAUCUCUAAUGGUUUAUUCUAUUUUUUUUACUCUAAAAUAGAGUAAUUCUAUAAUAGAGUUUGAGUUUGCUCCAAUGAUAUUCUAUUUUAAAGUAGAAAAUAGAGUGAUGAACAAAAAAAAAUAUUCUAUAUAAUUAGAGUAAAUCUAUUUUUAACUCUAUAAUAGAGUAUCAUUGAAACAUUUUUACUCUAAACUCUAUUUUAGAAUGAAAAAUAGAGUUAGAUUAAAGAUGCUUAAAGGAAAAUAAGAAAAUAGACAGGGUACAAGUACGUCGGCUCAAGGUUAGAUAAUUUUUCAAAAUAUAAUAAACUACUGUUGUUUUGAUGUAUUUCUCAUGAUCUUGAUAAUAUAUACAUAUAUAUAUAUAUAUAUAUAUUUAAAUAUUAUGUGACUUAUUUAAAUAUCAUGUGACUUAUUUGAAAAAUUAAGUUCAAAACCCUCACUAGUGACCUAAUAAUGCUCUUACGUUCCACUUGCCAAUUCUCCAAUGUCAAUUUCCUUUUCCUUUUUAUUUUGAAAAGGCCAAGAGAAAGAAAGAAGGAGACGAAACUGUCAACUUGUUUCAAGUAUAAUAAUUAAUAAAUGAUAAAACCAUGGAGAGACAAUACUAGUAAACACAUAAUAUCAACAAACGUGGUUCUGGUCGUUUCAGUGACACGUUUCUCCCUUUUAAAGUUCUCUCCUGAUUUUAACAAGAGAAGAGAGGCCCGAUUCUGAAAGAAGAGAUGGUGGGGGCGUUGAGCCAUGAAGCGAAGCGGUUGACCGAGGCGUGGGGUUCGGUGAUGGUGUCCUUGUGUUACUGUUUCUGUGUUGGAAAACUAGUCGACAAGGGAGUCAAAAGGCUGAUUUUGAUGGCUCCAGUAAUGCUCCUUUUCUUUUUGGCUCCGCUCCAUCUAACCACUGUGCACAUGAUCGGGACCACUGGUUUCUUCAUCUCUUGGCUCGCCAACUUCAAGCUCUAUCUAUUUGCAUUUGGAAACGGUCCUCUCUCCUCACCCAAUCUCUCUCUCCCUAUCUUCCUCCUCGUCUCCUGCUUCCCCAUCAAGCUUCAGCAGCUUGAAAAUGAAUCUAAGCCAAAGCGGCAUAGCGCGAGAGAAGGUUCUUUGUUUUAUCUAGUGAAGGCACUUCUUUUGCUUCUCGUCAUCCAAUCAUUGCGUUACACCCACCUCCUCCCCAAUAAGGCCGUGCUUUUUCUCUAUGGCUUCCAGAUGUAUUUCUCCCUCGACCUCAUCCUAGCCGUCACCGCAUCCCUGGUACGAGCCGCAUCCAGCCUUGAGCUGGAGCCUCAGUUCAACGAGCCCUACCUCGCCACAUCGCUUCAGGAUUUCUGGGGAAAACGAUGGAAUCUGAUGGUCAGUGAGAUCUUGCGCCCGACCGUGUACGAGCCAGUGCUAAGGUUGUCGGUGCUCCCCAGGAAAUGGGCAUCCGCUCCUGCGGCGUUGGCCACUUUCGUGGUUUCGGGGAUAAUGCACGAGCUCAUAUUCUUCUACAUGGGGAGGUUGAGGCCAUCGUGGGGGCUGAUGUCUUUCUUCCUCCUGCAUGGAGUAUGCAUCAUGGCUGAGAUCGCCCUCAAGAAGGCCAUCAGAAGAAGGUGGAGUCUUCCAACACCAGUGGCUCGGACUCUGACAAUAUUAUUCGUCUUCGCCACUGGGGUCAUGUUGUUCUUCCCAGAAUUUCAGAGGUGCAAGAUCGACCAAAAGGCCUUCGCGGAGUACGCAGCGGUAGGCACGUUUCUCAAGAAAAGCGUUCUAGGAUACUCACGUUAGACACCUCUUUACUUCACUAUUAUUCAGCCAUAGAUGCAUGCUGUUUUUUAAAUGAUGUCAAAUUUUGUUUCAAAUUUGACCAAAGCGUAAACAUUAAUAAUUGUAACAAUAAAUUAUAUAGCAAAGCUAAAAGAAAAUUCGUAGAAAGAAAAGAAAAAGAGACAUAAUAUACUCGUCCGGUAAGGUAAAACCAAAAACAAGAGAAUGUCAAUCAAGCAAUCUGAUCUAUCUUAUCUAUAGAACAAAUGGGUAAUAAAAACAGAGACUGGAGCA